AAUCAAAACUAUUCAUUCCAAUACUAUGUACAACAUUCACUGAACUUGCUCUGUUUCGUUAGUUUCAUUCUCAAGCCUUCCAGUUGUGGUGCGAUCUCAAAAUGUUGCUCCGUAAACUAUUUCUGCUCAUUGGUUUUGCCUCUGCCAUUCACGGUAUCUAUCUAUCAAACCUUAAUUCAACCUGCUUCCGAUGCCUUUGUGAAUCAUCGACCGGCUGCAGUAAUCGGCUUCGCUGCGACCAAGGGUACUGUGGACCGUUCUCUAUUUCGCGUGCCUACUGGAUUGACGCCGGGAAGGUGGUGAAAGCCCAGGAUGACCCGAAUCGCUGGGGUUCGUACGAGGAGUGCGCCAACAAUUACGACUGUGCCACCGACAUCAUUACGCAAUAUAUGGAGAAGUACGGGAAAGAUUGCAACAACGAUGGGUUGGUGGAUUGCGUUGAUUAUGCAAUGUUGCACAUAAAUGGAGGACCAACAUGCCAUUUGCCGCUGAAUUUGGACUUUAGUCGAAAGUUCAGCAGCUGCUUGCUGCAAAGCCGACGGUUGCGGGUAACAAAUGGUGCGAGGAGUGGUUGAGUGCAAUGCAGGAUUUUGUUUUAAAUGGACGGUUCUGUUUUUGCAAGGGGGCUAUUGGUUCAAAUUUCUAAAUGCCAUGUUAAAAAUAAUUUCAUUUUUCUUAGCACAUUUUACAAACUUAAGUUUUUUUUUCACGUUGUCGUGUAUAAUAGUCGAAUGACCUGCAGCAUCAAGAUAAUAAAAAUAUACGUAGCUUUUUGGUGUCAAAAUAUGCUGUGCAAAACUUCGCAUGUAG